GAUACGUUUUCAUUUGAAUUUGGUGGCGUUAACCAAAACCAAGGUGGCAAUCAACGCGGUGGUAAUAACAACGGAAACAAUAAUCCAUGGGAACGAAGAAGACGUUUCUGAGAUUCAGUGUCACCUUAAAUGAAUGUGCGUGAGCGAUUACGUUGUAUUUUUAAUGAUGAAAAAUAAUGAUAAUGAUCGAACAAUUAAAAUGAUUCUACUGUACUACAACCAAUUCACAUAGACACAAUCAAGUAGUUCUAUGGAUGUUGGAACAUUUAUAAAGAACAUAAAGAACAUUUAUCAGACGCUCGACAGUAAGAUUUCACAACAAUAGUAUUUAUUGAUAAGACAUCAAAUUAUAAAUUUAUGAAGCACAUGCAAAAUCUCAAUAUAUAUUAACAUCGGAUGCUGCAUACCAACAUAUAUAUUAUAUGUUUAUGUGUAAAGUAAAGAAGAAAGCAAGAAAUUUUCCUUCAAUUGAUGCGUCUGCCUACAAUUAUUUUCUCGCGCAAUUUCCAAGUUUUUGUGCGAUGGAUAUUUUAGCUGACGAAUUUGUGAAAUAAAAUUUCGUUUGUCUCUUCUUGCUCUAUAUUAUGCGUGUGUAAUAUUUUUUGUAUUACAUUUUUAGAACAAAAACGGUAAUUUACAUUAAUUUAUGUAGACAAAACUACAAUUCUUAGACUAAAAUAUAAUAUAAUACAUGUCCAAAUAUGUGUAAUUAAAUGGAAAACUUUUAAUCUAAA